AUGUUAUGGAGUCUCCUGAAUGCUGCAGUCUUCAUUAGUGUGUACUACCACUACAAGUACGAACCAAAGUAUUAUUACCUCAGGGAAAUAUUAGGGAUAACGUUGUGUGUGUCGAGAGGCUCCGCUGCAUUGCUGAACCUAAACUGUGCUGCACUCAUAUUACCUGUUUGUAAACACCUUGCUGCGAGACUACGGAGAUCAAAACUGUCAAGUCGAUCAAUGAGACGGUGGCUCGAUCACUAUCGAUUCACACACAUUAUGUGCGCAGGAUGUGUGUGUAUAGCAACAGUUAUUCAUUGUACGGCUCAUUCGUUCAACGCAGUGCGCUUUUCUUCCGGAUUCAACAGUGCUUUCCCUGACAUCAAUGUAGCCACUUUUCCAGGCCAGAAUCCUUGUGCGAUGCUUUUAACAACGGUGGCUGGAAUAACAGGUUCUUGUAUGCUGUGUAUACUCUUAUUUAUAAUCGUCACAUCGCUGCCUUGUUUUAGAAGAGAGAGACAUAAUGUAUUUUGGAUGUCACACCACGCUUUCUUACUUUUCUACAUUCUUCUAUUGUGUCAUCCACUUGGUGGAAUUUUAAAGGAACAAUGCAACACGGAAAACCAUACCCCGGGUUGCGUGUACCCGGAUGAUCCGAUUCCGGAACCGAUGUCCGUCAAACCGGAUCCGAAUGAGAGAGUAGAGUACAGUCGGAUAAUACCACACCCAGAACCGAGUGCUGUAAACUCCUCGCUUGUCUGCAACGAGAAACCUCGUUUUAUUUCGCACAAAUCUCGGACUUGGAGAUUUUUGUUAGUCCCCGCAUCUCUCUACAUUCUUGACCGUGUGUGGCGAUGGUUUAAAUCGCGCCGUUCGGUAACCAUCGAAAAUCUUCGUUUUUUACCGGGUGACGUCAUAGAACUUCGGCUACAUGUCGAAUAUUUCAGUGCACUACCUGGUCAGUAUAUUCUUAUCAAUUGUCCCGCAAUUUCAUGCAUAGAGUGGCAUCCUUUUACACUGACUUCGUGUCCAACCACUUCAAAUCCGACGUUUAGUUUACAAAUGAAAGUCUGUGGCGACUGGACAGAUUCGUUUCGUCAGCUCCUUCAAUAUAGGUUAAAAGCCACAACAGGGGAUAAUAUUUAUGUAAAUAUGCCAAAAAUUCUGAUAGAUGGACCUUUAGGUAGUGCGAGUGGAGAUAUUUUAAGAUAUCGCGUCAGUGUUUGCAUCGCUGGUGGCAUAGGUGUGACUCCAUUUGCUGCUACACUCAAUCACCUUGCAUCCCUCAGCUGUGAGGAGCUAUCAAAACUCAAACUCGCUCGUUUAUAUUUCAUAUGGACUUGUCGAGAUGAAAGUCAUUUUCAGUGGUUCUCUGAAACUAUCAAUACCCUACAACACAAGUUAUGGGAGAUGAAUAGACCUGAUUUUCUAAAUCUUCGUUUACACACGUCUGGGAGUAUAUCGAAGAACGACUUUUCUACCGGAACUCAGUUGUGCUGCUGUCCCGUACAGGGGCGUCCAAAUAUAAAAGAAAUUUUGAGUGACAUCACAAUAUGCAAUCCCAAACAAGAUAUUGGAGUGUUUGUAUGCGGGCCAAGGAAGAUGACGUCACGUGUCCAUCGAUUAUGCAAUCGCCUUAACAAACACAAGGCUCGACUCCAUUUUAACCAGGAAAGCUUUAGUUGAUGAUGAUUUGUAAUAGAAACGUGAAGGUGAUAUUAGAAUAGGAGUAGAUAUAUUAUGUAUUUAUUGUUUCACUAAACAUGAAUUUGUUUUAAAAUAUCAUGUAGAAAUAUAUUUUUUCUAAACCGUUUUGUAAAAAAAACGCACUAGCUCUCAUCAAUGAUUCUUUGUUUUUAAAUCAUUUUUAUACUUGUACUUUUGAAGAAGUGUGCCUUUUAUUUUAAUAAUAAAAUAAUGAUAAUAUAGGAUUUAUAUAGCGCAUGUAUCCACCUUGUAAGGUGCUCAAGGCGCUCCUAUAUUACCCCGGCUAAGCAAGUCUACCGAUUCUUGGUGCUCGCAGUUUUUUUGAGGAAUUACUCCCUGCCGGUACCCAUUACCUCACCUAGGUUGAGUGCAGCACAAUGUAUAAUAGACUUAUGGUGCUAAUGAAAUUAUGAUGUUGUUUAAGUCAUAGUGCUGGUGUAUGGGGGGGGGGAACCACCCCUAUAGAUUUCCAAGUAGGGAAGAAAUAAGAAAAAGAAGAGAACAAAAUAAAGUGUUUGAACAAGAGAGAAAGAAUAGAGAAGAGUGUGAUAAUAUAAGGAAAGGUCUUGGCUUUGAAACUCUAUGGCCCGUGUACUGAAGUCAGGUUUAAUCUAGAUCACGAUCGAAGUAAGUGCUAAAAUUAUGGGAGCCAAAAAUUCAAAAAUUCUGUUUAUAUUGUAUCUUUCUUAUGUUUACUAUUUUGUUUCGUUUUGCUUUCAUAAUAAAGAAAAAUACUCAGUUGUCUUUCCCAGAUAACUAUGAAUGAUACGAGUGUCAAAUGAGUUUAAAAAAUUGGAUGUGUACUGUUAGGGAUUUGUGCUCCAAUUGUCUCUCCAUAGUUAAAUCACAACUUUAAUUUAAACCAGUGUUAAGAAUUCGGGCCUAUAGGUCUAAUAUCCCUACAAUUCAACUUAGAAGAAAAAACAUGACAACACCCCCAUAUGACGUAUUGCUUCCCCUCCCCCUUUCCCCCAUCAAAGUAACAUAAUCCCGCUCCUGUCUGAUGGUGUUUUUUUAAUAAUGUGUUUAUGUACUUAAGGUGCUAAAAUAUGGUGCUAGUGUAUUUAUGGUGCUAAUAUAUGGUGCCAAUGUACUUAUGGUGCUAUUGUAUAUAUGGUGGUAACAUAAAUUCUGAUAAUGCACUUUACACAUUUGAUAGCAGAUUGCAAGGGAGCUAAACAGAAUUGACUUGCUAAAUAUAUAUACAUGUAUAUAUUUGAGCUGGUUAAUUUGCUUUUCUUUUGUGAUUCUAAAGUAAUUUGUCCAUAAUUUAUAUUUGUUAUGAUGUGUGAAAUGUCAAUUCUAUCUCUUUAAAAUAGACUUGCUUUGUUAACGUUAUUUGUUUAUAUUUCUAUAUUUAAAAGAAGCUCAUUUUUAACUUAGAAACUUAGAUUUUCUAGAUAAGGUGAUUGUGACUUCAUAAGGAUGUUGUUACUCUUGGUAUAGAUUUUCUAUGCAAAUUAUUAGGAUUGUAGAAAAUAUGAAUAAGUGGGAAAGGUGAAAUUAAUAUACGAACUCCAUGGGCAUCAAUAAUGUAAUGAAGUCGGCAUGUUUCAUAUAUUGUCAUUUUGGUAAUUUGACUUUGAUUAAUUCUAAUUACGAUAUACAAUAUUACCUCUUGUGUUGUGAAUAGUAUCUAUGCUCAGACCUAAAAAUAAACGUUCAAUAUCUAUUUGAAAAA